AAUCACCAUGGAUUGCCGCAAAGGUCAUGGCUGUCAUUGGCGUCUGCUCGGGAAUUUUGGCACUGAUAGUCCACCUCCUGCUUCUUCGCAGUCGUGAACGCAAACCCUGGAAAGUCGUCCUCCUCGAACUCCUUCUCCUCCUCGCCGCAGGUAAAUCAUUAGCAUCAUCUUUCCGCCGUCGGCGUUUGAUCACACGAUGA